AUGGUGCUGCCAAGGUGUCAACAGCAACAGCAACAACACCCAAAGAAGCAGCAGCAGCAGCAGCAGCAGCAGCAGCAGCAGCAGCAGCACCAGCAGCAGCAGCAGCAGCAGCAGCACCAGCAGCAGCACCAGCAGCAGCAGCAGCAGCAGCAGACCGGGGACGCGCAACGCAGCU